GUCUAAGCUUUCAAACGGUAUAUAAUUUAACCGUGUAUUUAAGCGAUUUAAUGCUUAAAAGUUACAAUGAAGUUACAAUGAUGUUGAUGCAGCCUCGCCUCCUAGCGGUGAUGGAUCGUUCUCCCAACGGUGGUCACAUAUUAAUCCCUAAUGAAUGAGUUUUUAAUUUUUUGCAAAGUGUAAUAAAGGUCUGUACAGAUAACACAACAAAAGAAAGUAUAGAGUGAGAAAUCAUUUGUUCUGUAAAUUUCCCAGGUCAAUGAUUAACAUGCGCUGUUUGCUGUAAGCGUUUAUAUUCCAAAGGUUUGUAGUGCAUAGAGCAGCAUAACAGAAGUCAUCAUGCUGGGCUCCUGGAUCCUACUUGUGUUGUGUGUCUGCCUCCUCUACCUCUUCAUCAGUAUCAAGAGGCCCAAGGAUUUCCCUCCUGGACCACAACCCAUCCCUAUAUUCGGGAACUUGUUUCAGUUUAACAUCAAAAAUCCUCUGAAAGACUUUGAGAAGUUUGCUGAGCAAUAUGGAAACGUUUACAGCCUGUAUAUUGGGACGAAACCGGCCGUCGUUUUAACCGGUUUAAAAGCAAUAAGAGAAGCUCUGGUGAACAAGGCUGCAGAUUUUUCAGGACGUCCAAACAACAUGUAUAAGGAUGCAAAUAAAGGAAAAGGAAUCAUAGUGGCAGAUUACGGUCCUCGGUGGAAGGAGCAUCGACGCUUUGCUCUCAUGACCUUAAGGAACUUUGGCUUGGGAAAGCAGUCUAUGGAGAAGAGGAUUCUGGGAGAAAUUGAACACCUUGUUGCAAAAUUGGAGAAAUAUGCAGGAAGUUCCUUGUAUCCUCAGACCUUGUUCCAUGAUGCAGCAUCAAAUAUAAUCUACCUGGUUUUGUUUGGCACUCGCUAUGACUACGGUGACGAAAUACUUAAAGUGUACGUUCGGCUGUAUACCGAAAACACAAAGAUUGCGAAUGGAACUUGGUCAAUGAUCUAUGAUGCAUUUCCUAUGGUCAGGUCCUUGCCCCUUCCCUUCAAAAAAGCUAUUGACAAUUAUAGAACGCUUAACACCUUGACUUUGAAUAUGAUCAACAAUCACAAGACAUCAAGAGUCCCAGGACAACCAAGAGAUUUUGUCGACUGCUAUCUGGAUGAGCUUGAUAAGAAAGACAGCAAAUCCACAUUCAGUGAAGACCAACUUGUGGUGUAUAUUAUGGAUCUGCAUAUAGCUGGAACUGACACCACAUCCAACACGCUCCUUACGGCGAUUCUUUACCUCAUGGUUCAUUCGGACAUCCAGAAGAGAUGCCAGCAGGAGAUCGAUGAAGUUCUGGGGAAUAAACCACAGCCCUCUUUCGAGGACAGACACAACAUGCCGUACACACAGGCUAUGAUUCACGAGAUUCAGCGCAUCGCCAUUACCGUCCCUCUGAGUGUCUUCCACUGUACCACAAAAGAUACUGAUCUUAUGGGCUACAGCAUCCCAAAGGGAACUAUGAUCAUCCCCAACUUGUCCUCAGUGCUGGGUCAGGAAGACCAGUGGAAAUUUUCUCAAGAGUUCAACCCAUCAAACUUCCUCAAUGAGCAAGGGCAGUUCGAGAAGUCUGAAGCCUUCAUACCGUUUUCUGCAGGGCCUCGUGUGUGUCUCGGAGAAGGUCUGGCUCGCAUGGAGCUCUUUCUUUUCUUGGUGACUCUCCUGCGCCGCUAUGAGUUCCUUUGGCCUGAAGAUGCAGGAGAACCAGAUUUCACUCCUGUGUUUGGAAUAACACUUACACCCAAACCAUACCGGAUGGAAGUCAGGCUUAGAAAGCAAGCUGAGGAAAUGUAGAACAUUUAAUUGUGAAAAUAUUGAAAAUUUCUUUGUGGCUCAGUUCGAAUCAGUUUGAAUCAUGUAAACAUAAUUAAAUACUAAUACAAAAUGAAGUGAAAAAAAGUUUAGGAUGUAGAAAUAAUAAUAGCUAGAGUUCAAAUUAUUGAUUUGAUUCCUGACCGAAAGCUUAACUAACCAUGGAUACGACCAUGGUCCAUUUAAAGUCGUGGCCUCACCUGCUUGCCCCACUUUGGACAUUUCCAACCCUCCUUGCCCCACCUAAAACACUUCUAACCCUCCUUGCUCCACUCUGAACAUCUCUCACCCUUCUUGUCUCAACAAAAACAUCUCCAAUUCAAUUCAGUUCAAGUUGAUUUGUAUAGCGCUUUUUACAAUAGACAUUGUCCAACCCUCUCUUACACAUUGUUACUCCCCUCGAGUUGAAUAAAAGGCUCAGGUCGUUCUUGGUUUUUAACAGACAUUUAUUUUGGACAAGUCUUCAUGUCUUGUAGCCUUAUGUUUCAAUAAUGCCAAUAAUGACGAAAUGCCAAAAUGCCAAACAUUCCAAAUGCCGAAAUGCCACAAACGCCCAAAUGCCGUCAGAACUCAUUGGCCUCUCUAACUCAAGAGGAAUACACUUGAGGGUUAACAGCUUCUUCUUCUCGUGCUUCUCUUCUACCUCAUGCACCCCCCGGAAGUGACAGCAACAAUUAAAUAAUUCCCCAGUGAAACAAAAUUAUAAGUUCCCUUUCACCCUUCUAUGGUUUUAACUAAUAAAUAAAUUAACAUUAACAAAACUAUAUUGCUGUUUUAUUCUAUUUGAACAUUUUAACCAUUUAUUUCCUUAAAAGUGUAAAGUGCAUAUAUUACAAACUGAAUAUAUAUAUAUACAUUAUAUAUAUAAUGAGAGUUGCCUCUAGCGGCAGCUACACACAUUAUAAACAGGCAUGAGCUCCAUGAAGGAACGGCUCAAACUAUGAAAGCUUUUAUUUAUUUUUUUUUUAAAGAAAUAUAGAAUCUUUAUGUACUAUAUAAAUGCAUUUCUAUGUUCUAAAUUAAAAAAAUAUUCCCCACAAAAGACUAAACAAAAGUUGGAGUGGGAAUUUUAUUGAAACCCGGCAAACGUACUGGAUAUCUUCCCAUAGCGGUCCUAUGGUUUGACGUUAGAGUAAAAACCUUUUGCGUGACCUUUUUUGUUUAGUCUUGCAAGAACCCAGUCUUAAUGCACAUACUAAGUCUGUAAAUAAAUAUAUUCCACCGA